AUGGGGGCGCAGACUGCAAAGCCUGGUGACUACGCCGAACCAGACCUGCCGCAUGGAGUCCAUGAGGUUCGGCUCUCAGUCUACACAUUCGACAUCACCGGCGUCUCGCUGCUGAACUCCCUCGGCUCACUUGGCACAGGCGCCUAUCACAGCGGCUUGGUCGUGCUUGACAACGAAUGGUCCUAUGGUGGCCACAGCGAGCCCGGUUCGAGCGGCGCCUACAACUGCGAGCCAGAGCACAAUCCGGAGUACCAGUUCUUUGACCGCGUGGUGAUGGGUCGUGUACGGGCCAGCCCACAACAGAUACAAAGCGUCAUCCGACGGCUGGCUACAGACUCUGAGUGGCAGGGACCCAUGUACGACUUGUUCCAGCAUAACUGCAACCAUUUCGUCUCGGACCUGUGCUGGGCGCUACUCAGGCGGCGACCCCCAGAUUGGAUCAAUCAAACUGCUGAGCGGUUCGGCAGGACACGCAGGAUUGAGUACACCUUGAAGCAGGCGCUGCGCUUGGCCAUGGCGAGCUACAAGGGAAGAUACGCCGGCCCGGUCAACGGUAUGGCGAGCGUCAUUUGUGGGUCUGACCUGAAGCUGGCUGCCUCCGGCUCAUCCACGAAGAUCUACCGGUGGAUCGAGUUUGCCAACAAAGGCGAGCAGAUCACGGAGUUUGACGAGAGCCACUUCCAGCUGCAGGGACACUUUGAAUCCAACUCCUCCGAAGGUCAUAAGACCUACCAGGACCGUCUUCGAAGCAUCCACUUCCGCAAGGAAGGCAAGACGAAAGCAGAGAUUGCCAGGCUCCUUGGUCGGUCCGAGCAGUUUGUAGCCAAGUGGUGGCAGAAGGAUGAGCGGGAAAUUCCCCGCCCCUGGGGUGUUCAUGAGUACAUGUCCAAAGAGCUCGGCACGAAGACUGCAACGAGCCAAGCGACGCUUUCAGAGAACUCAGAGGUCUCCACGGCCGCCUGGUGGCGGGAUGUCGAAGUUCGACGGAAGUACCAUGUGGAUCCCGAUGUUUACGACGAGCUCCUGAACAACACGGAGUGGAAGUCGUCCGCGGCUCGGACCCGAGAUUUCUCCACUGGAGCAUCCCAUGUCAAGUACGACAAGGAGGGGAAGAUGAAGUUGCAGGGGAACCAGAGUGCCAAGUACACCAAAGGCUCAUCCCCGGCUUUUGACAGGAUGCUUCAGAAGUUCUUCUCCGAGUAUGGCCUGGCAGAGCGGACAUCCGGCAUAGGAUUGAACUGGUACCCAGAUGGCGAUUCGGUGCUCGGAAGUCACCGCCACGAUUGUUGGACUGCACUGUUCUCAUUCGGCGACGAACGCAUUCUGACGAUCGACAAGACGCCUCUGCUCCUUCAAGACUGCGACCUCGUAAUCUUUGGCACACAGCGGCAUGGCGUCCCGAAGAUGCCAGAGAUCAAGGGGGGUCGCAUCACGGUGCCGAUUUUCUUCUACCCGACCCACAUGCAGAUGAAGAAGCAGUGGCAGACUCUGACCGAUCCCGAGGAUCCGCGUCGCUCCAAUGAGCUGGCGAAGCUGCAGUGCACGCACCAGCUGGGCAGCGAUGUGAUGGGUCAGACUUUGUGGAGUGAUCCUCAGCGCAGCUUGGCUUUGGAGCAGCUUCUGCAGCUCGGCUUCGAUCUCGAGGCAUCGCGCAAUGCGCUGCAGGCGCCGGGCGGGUCUUCGGGAGACAGCAGGCCUUCCGCUGGUUCUCGGGCAGAGCCCAUGUGGGCUGUGGCAAACAUCAGCGUGGCAUCGGCCGGCCAGUUGCACAAGGCUAGAGGUGACGUAGUUGUGCCUUACCAGGGUCCGAACAUUCAGGACGACUUCAUACACCGCAUCUUCUUCAGAGUCUAUGAGCAGCCUUCCAGGAUUCCUCCUCAAAACUUGGGCAACUUCGGUCAGCUCCAAUCUUGGAUGAGUCGGAAUGGCCUCGUCGGACAGACCGCCCGAACUGGCGGGAAAAUGUCAGAGCUCCUGCUGACUGCAGUCCGGAAGCGUCCGAUGCCAGUCGCCAGCGCUUCGAUGCCUGGCUUCAUGGCAACUCUCCCAGACCGGGGGGACCCAGCCCAGGACUGCGUCCGGCGAUGCAAAGCACAACGCCGGAGAUGGCAGGAGUUUGUCUUCGGCAUUUAA